CCUGAACGAGCUCAAAGCGUUGCACUGCAAUCGAUAAAGCGACCAUUGCCGUAUGCUGCUUUGUUUGCAAGUAGAUUGGUUCGUUAUUAUUCUCUAUUAUUCUCUUCGUGCGAGCUGUCAUGUCAUCAACACCGCAAAUCAUAUACGUAGGAAGGACCUCGAAAGCCCGGCGGAUGGGCAUAGUGUAAAAGUUAACCCUCAUCCGGUUCCUGUGAUGUCAGCGUCUGCGUUUCUUCACACUUAGUAUUUUGAUAGUUUGUCAAACCUUUCCUCGACGCUAAAACUUUAUUUUGUAGAUAAACCGCCACCAUAAUAGCCAAAAAAAAUGAGCAAAGAGAGUUAUCCAGCAACCCCAGAACCCACACCUGUCCCCACCUCAUCUUCCUCCAGUAUAACGAUCGAUGUUGAACCGUCAACGUCGCCUUCAGACAAAGACCGAAGUCGUUGCAGCAUCUAUCGCUGGUGUCCUCUUCGUUGCUAUUGCGUUUACCGUCUACGGCAUCCACAUGGAGUCAGUCCGCGAUGGAUACGGCUCGAGACUUUUGUGGGCACGCUCGGUUUUGCCGCCAAAGGCAUUGUUUACGGGUUCAUUGGUGGAAUGACAUGUGCAAGUGCAAGUAGGCUGCAUAACGAUGAGGACUAUGGGGAAAGCCCAAAGGGUGCAUUCAUUCUCAUUGGUACCUUCCCAGCCGGAUCUAGUUUCUUGUUCAUCCUCCUCAUAGCACUCUGGUGCUACUCGAUCUGGCGCUUCUGGGAAUGCGCAACGUACCAAGGCCGCGAUGCGAACUACUCCAAGUUUAAAAACUUCUUUUCUUUUCGGCUGGCCCCGUUUGUGUCAGGAUGCGUGUAUGUAGGAUAUUCCGGGUACCUACUGCAAGUUCUUCUGCAGCGAUAUCGUGACUCUGCUCCAAGUUGUUACCCAAACUGUUGGAGGGACAGUGCCCUUGGCCGAACAGCGUUGGUCCUCAUGGGAAUAGCUUUCUCGAUCGCUUGUGCGAUUCAGCUCCAGAACGCAUUAACUAAAAAAUGGCACUAUGAGAUCAAUUGGGAGAAAUGCAAAACCAAGUACGAAAAAUGGGUGAUACUGGUCACGGGCCAUGUCGGAUAUGCCGGCAGAGCAGGGAUUUUUUUGUUCGUUGGUGUUCUGAUGUUCAAAGCCCUAAGUCAUCCUGUGCAACAAAGCGGAGAUGCAAUGUCCGAUGGAUUGCAGCAGUUGUUGCAGACUGAAGUUGGGACAGUCUGUAUGAUGAUCAUUGGAAUAAUGACAACCUUUUUUGGUUUGUACGCCAUUUUGUGCUGUUGGUAUCGGCAUUUCCCAACGCCGCCACCAACUGGGAGACCCUUUGUAUCAUAAAUUCACAUAUCUAGUUAGAUUUGCAUUUAAACAUAUAUCAACGGCAAUAUGAUCAACAUUAAUGAGGAGCCGUAACAUUACGUGCAACCCAAUAUUAUUC